GGCCCUUCUCGGAAGCAGCAGCAGAGCACACCUCGUUCAACCUUUGCACAACGUUUCUCCAUUUCACAGACAAAGCAAAAAAAAAUGUAGUCAAGCCUCAUGUGAAAUGUGAGAGGGGACGUACAGCAAGUGAAGUCGCUGAAGCUACAGAGACCCCACACAGACAGGUGACCAGAGCCUCACUGACUGCAGCAAGAGGCCGCUGGCUCAGGUUUUAACUCCCCUCCUCCUUUCACUUGUUACUGAGCUGAGGAGUCACCUGUCACUCAACCUUGCCCCCUAGUGGAGGUCUGAAGGUCUAACUCCCUCCUGGUCAUCAGAAAUCCUCCAGACAACUACCUCCCUCAUCUGGGGAGAUGCCCGCCCUGCAACACUUCCCUCACAUCCCAUUUACAGACGUAACCUGCUGAAGACAAUACAACAGCGACUUUACAGCGCAGUGCAGCCGUGGCAGGAGUGCCAAGAGUCUGCUGGAUCUCGUAACAAGAGAAGUUCCCAGUUAGCAAGUCACAGAAAACUGUUCUUUGACUGACAUGUCUGUGACGUACAACCCAUGAUCCACGGCUUCAUGCUAAAGUUAAGUGGUGACCCACAGCAGAAGAGAGAGUGAAGUCUCAUCCAGCAAGAGACAAACAGGAGCAGUCCCUCCCCAUAAGAGGCUGCACAGACAAGAGCAAAGCCAGAUGGAAGUAACAUCAAAUGGCCCACUGCUUACAGCUUCACCAACAGCAACAAAUAAUGACACUCUGGCGAACGAGAAAGGCAACAAUACCUCUCACAACUGGGAGUUCCUGGUGGCCGUCCUCGUCACGGCCAUCUCCAUCUCCAUUUUCAUCGCUCUUCUGGCAAAAUGCCAGGUGGUUCGGCGUUACCUGGCCAGCUACAGGCACACACGGCUGAGUGAGACAGACACUGUUAGCCAGUGUGAACCACCAGGCCUGGGGGGGGGAUUCGCCAUGCACGGCGGUCAUGGAAUUAACCCUCACUGUGUGCCUCCUGUGAGCGAGGAAGAUGAUGACGGCUUCAUUGAGGACAACUACAUCCCGGCCAGCGAGAGGGCGAGGGCUGAGAGAGCAGCGGAGAACAUGGAGGACACGGAGGAAGAGAUGGAUGAAAUCGAAUUCACCAUCGCUUAACAGGACUCUCUCUCUCUCUCUGCACCUCCAUGGGUUUUUAAGCCACCAAAUCCACUCCGACUUUGUCACUAUUUUUCUGUUUUUCUCACUCAGUCAGUCAUAAAACGCUUAGUGGCGAAACAGCAGUUAAGUUUAAAAUGUAAAUACCGGUGACCAUGAGCUGUCUUAUUUUAAAGACAGCACAGAUUGACAGUCCAAGGCCUACAAUUAAGGCAGCCAUUCUCAAUGGAAAGGAUUUUACAACACACUCAGGACAAUAAAUGGUCAUUUUUGUCACAUCUCAUUUGUCAGUAUACUGACACUAACAGCAAUACUCAGACGUGAUAAUUAAAGGCAUCUGAAACAGCUAAAUUCUUACAACCACUGACUGUUUAUAGGCUGCAUGUCUGAGUGUAAACAGGAACAUUUCACUUCGCACUCUCAUGUUUUGUUAAUGACACAGCAAAGGUGCGAACGCAGCAUGCAGGCGUCCAUAAUAUGAAUGAAUACCAAUAUGGUCUUCAAAGAGGAGCGACAUGUGAGGCCCUGCAAAGCGGUGGGCAUCACUCCUUCAGACGAGAGCUUUCACACAGAUCAGUAUCUUCAGAGGAGAGAGGAGCACCAAGGCAUCACUGUGCGUUUUCAAACAAAAACAAAGUUAACUACAGCACAUCUUUAACAGGUUUUUUGAAACGCUCGGAGAAAAUGUGCGAUGGCGGCUACAAACAAACGUCGGCUGGUUCAGUUACAGUGAAAGCAUUAGCCAAUUGUUACUUUCCAUUUGACCGCCUUUUUCUUUCUUUUUGAAGGUUAUCAAUAGACUUGGGGGUGUGUAUUAAUUCACUGCUCCUCUACUGUAAACUGGAAAAAAGGUGACCUCAAUAAAAAUCCGCUCGAAACCUAAACAGUAUCAGGCCUCUGUUUGCACGGGUCAAGGCGUAACUUCUGAGGACUAGUGACGGCACCCUUUGACUGUGGUUCGCCUCAUUGGUCGCAAACUGGACUCGUCACACUCACCUUUCUUUUUAAACUUUACAACACUCGCAUCAACAACAGUAAUUAAGCUUGACGCCGUGUCUCGGAAAGAGGCCUGGAGCCUCUGAGGCCGUCCAGCUGAUAAGAGCGGUCUGACAGGUCUGCGUGAAGCUGUCAGGCAAGGCUCCUACCCGGAAACACAGCGCGUCAAGUUCGCACAGACCGACAUGAGCAAAGCCGGAAUAAUAGCUACUUUACCUUCAAAAUAAAAGUGCAGACUUUGAGAUGGCGAAAGUGGACGUGUACGAUACAAAAUGUAAGCACCACCCGCCGCUCAAUAUAAAAUAAGCAAUGGUUUAUUAAUAUACCUCUGUAUAAAAAUACUGAAUUGAUUAUAAUGUUGACCACAAUCAACCUAACAUGCAAACUCCACACAGAAGGGCCCAGGACCAGGAUUCAAACCUAGAAGCCUCUUUGGUUUAACAUUUCAACCCAAAACGUAGCCGGCAAAAGUGCCCUCUUGGAUGUGUCUGUGGUAGAUAAAACAUGAUAAAUUGUCCUCUAAAUUGGCCAGAUAUGUAGAAAGAAAAAUGUGAUUCACUUCCAAUAAAUAAAACAUGAUUAAAA